GCGGCGUCCGCGCCCUGCUUCCUGCCUUCCCUCCCUCCUUCUUCCUUUCCUUCCUUUCUUCAUUGCCUGCUUCCCUCCUCCCUUCACGGCCGGCAUGUUCAUUCCGUGCGACCGCGGCGGGGGCUCGGCCGCCCCCGACUUGAAAGGCUUCACCCUGCUCAUGCCAGCAGUGUCGGUGGGGAAUGUCGGUCAGUUGGCAAUAGAUCUGGUGAUUUCCACACUUGACAUGACUAAAGUUGGUUACUUCUACACCGAUUGCCUGGUGCCAAUGGUUGGAAAUAACCCAUAUGCAACAGCAGAGGAAAACUCAGUGGAGCUGAGUAUAAAUGCUGAAGUGUAUUCCUUACCUUCAAAGAAACUUGUAGUUCUGCAGAUCAGAUCACCUUUUAUAAAGAACAAGUACAGGCCAUUCUGUGAAACCCUUCUUUCUUGGGUGAAGAGCAGCAAAUGUGCCAGGGUUGUCCUUCUGUCCAGCAGCCAUGCGUACCAGCGCGAUGAUGAGCAGCUUCUGGGGACACCACUGCGCUACCUGCUCACACCUGAUCUGGAGAAAGCAGUUGGAGGCCGCAUGAAGGAGCUAAACUGGAAAGAAAUGGAAAAAGUAGCAGCUUAUCCUGGAAUAAAUAAUACAGACAAAGUUUUGCAUAUACCUGGAGGUGGCAUCACAAAACUAUUGUUUACUGAGAGCUGUUCAGAGGGAAUCCAAAUGGCAGUUCUUCUGAAAUUUUGCUCAGAAGGAGACAACAUCCCUGAUGCAUUUGUUCUUGUUAACUAUCUUAACGAAUGGCUCCAGCUAAUUAAAAGUGAAAGCAACAAUUCCACAGAUUCUUCUUCACAGUGGAAGAUACCGAGUUCUUGGCGCCUGCUUUUUGGCAACGGUCUCCCACCUGCCCUCUUCUGAUCAGCUCUGAGCUCGCUGCGAGUCACGUGUGCGGUCGCAGAUGUCCCUCAAGGUGGUGAUUACACAGUAAAUGCCAAGGAGCAGCAGCUUGCUUUGGUUUCUACAUAAAUGCUUUAUUUAAGAAAAACUCCUUUUGUGUAUGUGGGUAGCUAAAGAAAUUAAGGUAACUUUCACAAACUCACCAAAGAAAUAGGUUUUGUACAGUUGUUUAUUGAGUAACUUGGGUUGGAAGUCUUUUCUAAUAAAAUAUUUUUUAAGAAAUUUUUUUCCCUGGUUAAGUGUUACUGCCAUGGACAAGCUUAAGGUGCUCCUUUUUAAUGCAGCUGAGAACUGCGAGAGAUGUGUAGGCAUAGAUUUUCUUGGAAGAUAAACCCUUCCACUUCCAUGUCAACUGCGGAUCUUAACUUUUUUUUUUCCAAGACUUCCUGGUGAGGUAAGUGAAGGUCAGAAGUGAUCUGGUUUUGCUUUCUUUUCCCAGUGCUGUUGUGGUAGCUUCAACUGGGGAGACUGCAAGCAGUGUAACAGCCUGCUCUGUCAUUUCUGUCUAUAUAGAAUCAUAGAAUGGUGUGGGUUGGAAGGGAUCCUGAAGAUCCUCUAGUUCCAAUCCCACUGCUGAAGGCAGGGAUACCCUCCACUAGGAGGUAUCAGGUUGCUCAGAGCCCCAGCCAACCUAGUCUUAAACACUUCCAAGGAUGAGGCAUCUACAGCUUUUCAGGGCAACUUGAGCCUGUGCCUCACCACCCUGAAAGUAAAAAAUUUCUUCUAAUACCCAACCUAAACCUACUCUUAGUUUGAAGCCAUUUCCCUUUAUUCUUUCACUACAUGCCCUUCUAAAAAGUCCCUCUCCAGCUCUCUUGUAGGGUCCUUCUGGGAACUGGGAGGCCGCAAUUAGGUUACCCCGAAGCCUUCUCUUUUCCCAGCUUCCAUUCCAUUUCUAGAAGCUGCUAAGUUCCCUAAACUAAAGCAUUCUAGGUCAAUGAGCCUUCUUGGACUGAACAUUAAUACAGUGCCCUGAAAUAUAAAGGAAUCAGGAAACCUUGUGUCAUAUCAGGAAGUCUGGUAUCUGUGUAUUUUACAGGCUUUAUCUGAGAGAGCAGCUGAAUGAUGGAUGGUUCACAUGUGACAUGUUUGUCAUGGUAUCUGUUGCACUAUACUAUUUAGCUAUGUGUUCAGUUUUGACAUUUUGGAAGUGCUUGGUCACAUCAGCUGAUUUAAAAACAACUUUAAAUCAUGGAUGCAAGAUGGUUAGUUCUAGAGUUGAAAAGUGAGAAUUAACCAAAAUCUAUUUUUAGGAGCUCCCACAGGUAUCCAAACAGGUAAGUCAAAUUUGGUGAGUCAAAAUGCAGAUGUAGUCAAAGAAUGCAGACAAAAGGCCACGUGCAGCAGAAGGCAAGUCUGAUAAGCCUAAAGCUAGUUAGAAAAAUAACCAUAUUCAAAUUGAGCCAAGUGACUACGAGGUGUAUAUAGAGCAGGCAAGCAAAUGAAGUCUAGAGGGACCAAAGGAGCAGACAGAAGCAACGAAAGGGGUGUUAUUUGCUUCACGGUAUUUUUCUUAAGUGAGCCAAAGAUGUUCACUAUCUCCUCAAGAGGCACAGCCGAGUGAAAUUUCAAGAAGGGAAAAGGAGAACACUUUCUCCUCUUCCCUUCUUGAAAUUUCACUCGGCUGUGCCUCUUGAGGAGUACUUUCCGAAAGACAAAAUCCUCGGGGCUUUCCUGUUCCCUGUGAAGAAGGUAGAGGGCAGUCGGAUCCUUGCGGAAGGAACAAGGACGCAGCUUCUCCAAGGCCGGCAGUUCGGCGGGCAGCGCUGCCCCGAGCCACUCCUGCCUCCAGUGCCCGGGACAGGCAAGCACAGCCCUGCACGCACCAAAACCUUCCUGCAGGACUAAGGCUGCGCCUUUGCCCUGCUCUUCAGAUGACCAGCAAAAAUAAAAACACCUCUGCAACACUGCCCUUGAGCAUGGAGAAAAUAAAUCGCAGUCAGUAAAUCACAGCUUCCUCAUUUGGAAAGAAAUGCCUAUCACAAGUCUGAUCAUUUUAAAGCCAUUUCUUUAAAGGUUACAAUUACACACUCACUUGGUCCUUUCUCUCCCCUUCCUUCACCUUUUUAAAUACACUUUCUCAACAGUUGUCAAGAAUUGGGGCCUGUGUAGAAAUAACCAAACAAGUAUAGAGGUCAGAAAGCAAAACUUCUCCUGUCACAAGACAGCAUUCAACUAAACACAACAAAGGUUUUGGAACUACUCUAUCUUGAUCUCCUUUGCCGAUUCAUCUAGUUGGCUGACAUCGACUUUAUUCCAUCAUCUCAGUAGUUGAAAACCAUUUAAAAACUAAGGGCAAUCAGCAUUUCUAUUAGAAUAUUCAGCUGUUUAUGCCCCACAAGAUAAACUAGUUGCAUACGAUAGCAGCAGGUAGAAUACGGCACUGGAAUAGAAUACUGGCAUGCACACUGCCAGUAGUCAUGCACUGUGUGCUUCUUCACAACUCCAAGAGGGGGAAAAUAAUGAAAACCUAAACCAUAGCUAAAGGUAAAAGGCAUGAAUAUCUGAAAGCCUUAUGCAAAGAUGUCCCUAGUGGUAUAAACAGGCCCUAUUCCCAUAAUCAACAAUAGCAGGGUUUCUUGCAGUGGUUUUGGCAGAGCUUAAUCUCUUGCUACAAACACUCCUGGUUUCACAGCUGCACCAACUUGAAAACUGAAUCAAGCCACAAUGUUGUUUUCUCCUCCAGCAUAGGCUCAGAACAAUGGUAUUCAUAUUAAAAAAAAAAAAAAAUUGGAACAAACCAGACUGGAAAUUUAGACCAUUUCAGGAUGGUGUCAAGUGUGUCUUUAGCUCAAGUAAUAGCAUUAAGGACUCCCCUGCUUCAGCUUUCCCUUCAAGUUGAACGCAACUCUGAAUAUCACUGCUUUCAUGAAUGGACCUCAAGACUAAGUUCUCGUAAGAUUUCAGGCUGCUACCAUGUAAAACCCCACCACAUGCCUGUUUAGACAGUCAUAAUAAAUAUACAGUUUUGUGAGUUAAGGUUUAUCUGAAACCAUCAGAGAACUAGUGCAGAAUUGAGAUCAGAUCUGUUACAGAAGGCACAGGGCUGGAAACCCUGCUGACCUUGUUAAAAGAACUCCUUUAGGCAGCACUCUGGCUUACCCAUUUUCAAUCCAUCCUGACUAUGUCAAGGAGAAGACUGACAGAAGGUGGGAGAUGUGAGGAAAAUACCGUAGAUAGAACACACGGUGAUGGCACAAUCCAAAACCUUUUUAAUUACAGACACCAUUGAUUUUUGUGCACUUUGUUUUUCUUCCUCGGCUCCCAUUAACUGCACAGGACUCUGGGUCAAGAAAGGUCAGGUUAAACCUCUCUUCCCUUUAAAGCAAUCACCAACAGAACACUUUCCCGUCACAAAGUUACUCUGAACAUUUUGU